UUUCCAAGGAAACCCAAACCCUCUAAUUUAGGGAUUAAUCCAUUCUUUUAUCUACUUUGAAACUAUUAAUCCAAGUUCGAUUAGUCAUACGUUUGGGAGCUUAGAAUGGGUGGUGCUACGGUUAUUGGUGGGAACACCAUGUCAUGGAUGCAGUUGAGAGUGGGCAGAGAGAGGAAGCAGAAAAGGGUUCAAAAUCACAUUUUUUGUUCUUCUUUGACGGAUUCUUAUAAGACCUUAAGAAUUCAACCCGGUGCCUCCCGAUCUGAGGUUAAGAAGGCUUUCAGACAGCUUGCUCUUCAGUAUCAUCCAGACGUGUGCAGAGGGAGCAAAUGCGGGGUACAGUUUCACCAAAUCAACGAGGCUUAUGAUAUUGUGAUGGCCAAUUUGACAGGGGAAUCCAAUUUAACAGAAAUGUACGAGUACGAGGUUUAUGAUGCAGGGGUCGAUGAAUCAAUGAGGGGAGUGAAUGAUCCAGAUUGGGACUUGUGGGAAGAAUGGAUGGGAUGGGAAGGAGCAGGAAUUCGGGAUUACACAUCUCACAUUAAUCCUUACAUUUGAAUUUUUUUAUUAUGUAAAUGUUAAUUAUUUUAAGUAAUUUUUAAGUCAUGAUCAUGUAUUGCGUAAAGAUGACCCACUUGUCCCCACCAAAAUGUGGUUGGUGUUCUGUGUACAUAGUUCAAGUGGAUCAAAAGUCAUUGCCCUCUGCAUAAUUGAAGUUGAGGAAGUGACUUUCUGUAAUAAUAAUACAAUUCAAAAACUUGAAAAGAAGGGAAAAGUUUAUU